GCCCGCAAUAAACUUGACCAGUUAAGUCGCGCUCAUGAGGACGAAGAGAAGAUUGUAUCGAAUCUCAACAGAAAAAUCGUAGCACUUGAGAAGCAGCUACAUGAAGUCAAUGAUCGAGUUCACGUUCAGCGUGACUUGGAGAACUGCCUACACUCGCUUCGAGAAAGUAACGCCGAAAAAGAGCAGCUUGUUCGAGCCAAGAAGAAACUGCAACAAGAGAACAACAGUUUUCAGUUGAAUGAUGCCAACAUUGAACUUGAAAGUGUUCGCAUGGUUGCGAGAGAAAUGGAAAAAAGACAAAAAAAGUUCGAGAUGCAGUUAGCCGAGGAGAGAGCAAAAGUGGAGAAGGUUGGUGCGAUAAUUCUUCACAGAGCAUUUUUGAAACGUCUCGUCCUAAUUCGAAUUUUCUCCUACCGUUUCUGA